ACAUUCCAAUUUCAUCAGAUGCAACCAAAAUACCCCGGGUGGCAAUUUCCUUGGCUCUCCGCUCUCCCUCCGCCUUCCUCUUCCGUGGCCGUUUCUUAAAGAACCCGCAAAUUGCACGCAAGAUUCCGGGCGGACAAGGCUCGAUCUUUAGCUUCCUUCUUUCUUGAAUCUUCUCUGCAAUUCCGACCCUUUUCCAGCCUUUUCGCCAGUCUUGAUCCCUUAUGAGGUGACCAGAACUGGAUUUGCUUAAUGGCAGACUUACCAGGGUAUAUGCGUGCCUGCUUGCAUUCAGGAAAACUUGCUUUAUUGGCAAUUUUGGUCUCUGGUGGAAUUGUGUUGCAAAUUUUGGCAUGUGCUUUAUACGAUAACUGGUGGCCGAUGCUAAGCUUACUCAUGUAUGUGCUCCUGCCUAUGCCACUGCUCUUCUUCGCUGGCUCUGAUGGCUCUGCUCUAUUUUCUGAAUCUGAAAGCGGAUGGGUAAACGCAACCAAGUUCCUAACCGGAGCUUCAGCAGUCGGAAGCAUUGCCAUACCUGUGAUCUUGAAGCACGCCGGCGUCAUUGGCUGGGGAGCUCUGGCUAUGGAGCUGUCGUCUUUCUUCGUGAUUGUGCUAGCUAUCAUGUGCUUCAUUCGAACGAGCAGUGAGGACGAAUACAGCAUACUGUGAGAUACAACAACGUAGGAGCAGCUACAAUGAGAGCCCCCUUAGACCAUUUGCAUCUUGUAUGACGGUGCACUUCGUCACCUCGGAUACCGUAUUUGUCUGUGUUGACGCAGGAGUCAUUAUUGCUUUGAGUGAUUGAUUCUUUUGCUUUGUCCAACGAGAGCUUUGUUGCGUGAUGACUUAUUAACCUCUUGUUGUACAGACACUGAUGAUGUUAAUGAAUUUGGGAAGAAAAACAAGGAAUACUCUUCUGUUUUCCAUGA